AUGCUGGUUGUUGAAGUUCUGAAAACAGUGGGGCAGCUUGCGGCUGCUAUAACUCAGAAAUCCAAAGAGCUAGAUCUUCUAAAAGCUGAGUACGAGUCGAAACUCAAGAUCCUAGAUGAAUAUAUCACCAAGGUGGUUCCUCGAGAAGAACAAAGGAGGGAGAAUGGUUCCAAUGAAAUUGAUACUUGUGAAUUACUUCAAAAAGAGCUCCGAUGUCUGAAAUGUCAAAAUAUUGUCUACAGCUUGAAGGAGGAAACAGACUAUGUGCUUGUUCCUAGAAAAGUUGCCGAAAGAAAAGCCGCUGACAUUCCUGACCUAAUACAAUCGCUAGAGAAGCUAGAAACGAGUGUGAAGAGCAUAAAUGCUGGUUCUAGCCGACCUCUUCAACAAACUCCCCAAGUAAAUCAACCACAGAGACAGAAUAAGAAACAGCACGGCAAGCUGAAGAGAACAUGUUCAUAUUGCGACGAGCCUGGCCAUACCAGAGCAAGAUGCUUUGCCAGACUAAGCAAAGAGCCAGGAUCAGAAGACACAUCAAGAAACAGGCCAGCCAAAAGCAACCAUUCAGCCUGA